GUGAGGCUGGUCACGUGCCAGGGCCGCGCUGCUAGGGGCUAGGCUUCCGGAGACUCUGGGGCUCGGCGGGUGCGGGCCUGCGGCUUCGGCGCCCCCCAAGCUGCGCAGCCGGGAUGAUGAGCCGGGCCACCCCCGACCAGGAGCGAGCGCCGGCGUCCGAGCCCGUGUGGGAGCGUCCCUGGUCGGUGGAGGAGAUCCGCAGGAGCAGCCAGAGCUGGUCGCUGGCGGCCGACGCGGGCCUACUACAGUUUCUGCAGGAAUUUUCACAACAGACUAUCUCUAGGACUCAUGAAAUCAAGAAACAAGUGGACGGACUAAUCCGGGAGACUAAAGCCACCGACUGCCGCCUGCACAAUGUCUUCAAUGACUUCCUUAUGCUCUCUAAUACCCAGUUCAUUGAAAACCGUGUAUAUGAUGAGGAGGUGGAGGAGCCGGUGCUCAAGACUGAGGCAGAAAAACCAGAACAGGAAAAGACCCGGGAACAGAAAGAAGUAGAUCUGAUUCCUAAAGUCCAGGAGGCUGUGAACUACGGUUUACAAGUGUUGGACAGUGCAUUUGAGCAACUAGAUAUAAAAGCAGGAAACUCAGACUCUGAAGAGGAUGAUGCUAAUGAGCGGAUGGAAUUGAUCCUUGAGCCAAAGGAUCUGUACAUUGACCGUCCUUUACCUUAUUUAAUUGGGUCAAAGCUGUUCAUGGAGCAGGAAGAUGUAGGUCUUGGAGAGCUUUCUAGUGAAGAAGGUUCAGUGGGCAGUGAUCGCGGGAGUAUUGCAGACAGUGAGGAAGAGAACGAAGAAGAGGAGUCAGAUGAAGAUUUUGCCAAUCACAGUGACAGUGAUCAAAACCGGCACACUGCACAGAUGAGUGACGAAGAAGAGGACGAUGGUUGCGACAUUUUUGCUGACUCUGAGAAGGAGGAGGAUGCCGAAGACGUUGAAGAAAACUCUAGACCCAAAAGAAGCAGGCCUACAUCCUUUGCUGAUGAACUGGCAGCUCGGAUCAAAGGGGACGCCUCGAGCCGGAUGGAAGAGGAGCACACAACCUUAUCCCCAGGGGAAGCAAAACCUCAGAAGACGUUGAAAGAGAAGAAGGAAAGGAAAACUCCCUCAGAUGAUGAAGAAGAUAACUUAUUCGCACCCCCGAAGCUGACAGAUGAAGACUUCUCGCCGUUUGGUUCUAGAGGCGGCCUGUUCAGUGGAGGGAAGGGACUUUUUGAUGAUGAGGAUGAGGAGAGUGACCUCUUCACAGAAGCCCCUCGGGAUCGGGGAGCCCGAACCCCUGUUAAGGAAGCAUCUUCAUCCUCUAAACCUGGAAAGAAAAUCCCGGCAGGAGCUGUUUCUGUAUUUUUAGGGGAUACUGACAUGUUCGGUGGCGCCUCUGCCCCGGCACUGAAGGAGCCCCAGAAGCACGAGCGGCCCCCUCCAGGGAAAAGCGCGCACGUCCCAGCAUCUGCUGGCCUCUUCGAUGACGACGACGACGACGACAACGACUUUUUCUUGGCAUCCCGUAGCAAACCUCCCAAGACAGACAAAGUCAAACCCACUGCCAGCAUCUUUGACGAUGAAGAAGGAGAUCUGUUCAAAGAAAAAACAGUGGCUUUGCCAGAAGCUACUGUGAAUCAGACAGACGAAGAUAAAGCGAGAGCAGAAACAAAGGUUAUGCUACCUUCCAGCAAAAAUCUCAAGCUCUCAUCGGAAACAAAGACUCACAAAGGUUUAUUUUCAGAUGAGGAGGACUCUGAGGAUUUGUUUUCUUCUCAAAGUGUGAGUAAGCCAAAAGAUGCAACUCUGCUGCCUGGCAGACCCCCCAGCUCAGUCUUGCUUUUCGAUGAUGAAGAUGGACAGGAUAAUCUUUUUGAUACUCCAGCUGCUAAGAAGCAGACAUCGGCUCUACUGACUCAGAGCCAAAAGAAAGCAAAGCCCUCUGAGCCUCCCAAAAAGAAAGCAUCUGCCUUACUGUUCAGCAGUGAUGAGGAGGACCAGUGGCAUAUUACUGACUCACAGACCACCUCGACAUCUGACAAGUCUAAAGGAGAACUUAGGGACACUGAGACCACCCACCAGGAGGUAAAGGCCGUGAAAAAGACCAGCCUCUUUGAGGAGGAUGACGAGGAUGACCUGUUUGCUGUUGCCAAGGACAGCCAGAAGAAGGCCCAGAGAGCGUCACUGCUGUUCGAGGACGACGGUGGCAGCGGAAGCUCUCUGCUCGGCUCUCCUCCCGCAUCUGCUGCUCCUGCAGCCACGAAAAGAGAGACUGUCCCUGAAGUACCGCCUUUGCUGUUCAGUGAUGAAGAAGAAGAGGCGGCGCAGUCUGGAGUGAAACCUGCAGCUAAGAAGGCUGAGAGUGCCAAGGGGACCUCAGAAUUUGUGAGAACUCCUGUGGUCAAGGAGCCAGGAAAGGAAGGAUCUUUGAAUGCACCUACUCAGGAAACAGCCAAGAACUCUGAUUUGUUUUCUUCAUCGUCCCCAUUGGACAAAGGGCCUAAAAGUAGAACCAAAACGGUUCUUAGCUUAUUUGAUGAGGAGGAGGAUAAACCAGAAGAUCAAAGCAGCUUCCAGGCUCUGAAAAAGGAAGUAGGAAAGAGUCCUGAUCCUGGUACCCGCCCCAAGAGCACAGGUGUCUUUCAGGAUGAAGAGCUCCUUUUUAGUCACAAGCUCCAAAAGGACAACGACCCAGAUGUUGACCUUUUUUCUGGCACCAAAAAAUCCAGGUUGUUCGAGCCCAGUGUGGGGAGCCUGUUUGGAGACGACGAAGACGAUGAUCUUUUUGGCUCUGCCAAGUCGCAGCCUUCGAUCCCAGAAAAGAAGAAGGUAGUGAAAAAAGACAACUCUGUCUUUUCCUCUGUCAAGAACCAGAAGCAUCCUGAAUCCACUCAGGGUAUCAAAGAAAAAGACCUAUGGAAAUCGGAAGCAUCUCAGGACUCACCAGGUCCCGCUCCACUUAAAACCAAAGAGCCAUCCCCUCGGAUCUGGAAAAUACAAGCAAAUUUAGCGAUCAACCCAGCAGCCUUGCUGCCUCCAGCAGCUCCCCAUACCUCUGGAGUGAAGUCUGUUUUGCCAGAAUCUGGUGUUCCUUCGUCUGAUCCUGGGAGGAUGCAGAGUCUGGAAAGUGUGCCCACUCCUUCUGGGAGUGGGGAGGCUGGUGUGAGUUUUGACCUUCCGGCUCAGGCAGAUACCUUACACUGUGCAAACAAGGUCACCAUGUGGUUCUUGCCAUUGCAGACCCGGGUCAAAGUGAGAGGGAAGCGCAGACCGCAGACGCGUGCCGCCCGGCAGCUGGCUGCCCAGGAGUCCACUGAGGCCGAGGAUAUGGGUUCCCCCACGGGAUUUGUGGCGCAGUUGGCAGAUGGCACCACAUCACCAGAUGGUCGUCAGCCACCGCUGAGGGCAGCUGGUGGAGCACACACCUCUGAAGAAGCAGUGGCAGCUGCCACUCCAACGUGGGCAGGUGGUCCUGUGCCUGGAAUGAACAGUGGCCCAUUUGCGAAAUCUGUGGGUCAGCCUCCUGAGGAUGAUCUGUUUGAUUCUGUGGAUAUCUUUUCCAAAGGCAUUGCAUCUCAGUCCUCAGGAAGAAGAAAUACCAAGGCGAAGGCAGCCGGCAGCCUGGCCAACCUGGGGGAGGGAAGUAAAGACAGAAGCCCCAUGUUCCCUGCUCUCGGUGAGGCGGGCAGUGAUGAUGAUCUCUUUCAGUCUGUUAAACCAAAACCAGCAAAGAAAACAAAUCCUUUCCCUCUCCUGGAAGAUGAGGACGAUCUGUUUACAGACCAGAAAGGCAAGAAGAAUGGGUCAAAAUCCAACAGUCAACAGGAUAUCUCAAAAGCACAAGAUAUAUUUGAGGAUGAUAUAUUUGCUACAGAAGCAAUUAAACCCUCACAAAAAACAAGAGAGAAGGAAAGAACAUUUGACUCCAACUUGUUUGAUGAUAACAUUGAUAUCUUUGCUGACCUAACUGUAAAACCAAAAGAAAAGUCUAAAAAGAAAGUGGAAGCUAAGUCUAUAUUUGACGAUGAUACAGAUGAUAUCUUCUCCUCUGGUAUCCAGACUAAGACAACCAAAUCAAAAAGUGGAUCUUCACAGGCAGUGACUGAAUCAAGAUCCGGACAGAAGGUUUCCAACAUAUUUGAUGACCCCUUGAAUGCCUUUGGAGGCCAGUAGAGUGUCCAGGGUAUCUUUCAGCUACAUCCUUGAGUCAGUGAUGCUGUCUUCUGUGCUCCUUAACUGAAUUAUAGAAAACAGAUACUGAAACAGCUUGCUCACCUCUUACCCAGCAUACUUAAUAUUUUUCUGUACUGGUUUUAAAAUCAUGCUUAAUUCUGCAAACAAAAAUAAAUGUUUCAC